AUGCCUCCCAACGAGUCUCUGGGCUGGGGGCACCUUCACCUACUGCCCUUGACUCCCGGCCCCACUUUUGCGCCGACCGCAUCGGCACAGAUCUCCGCCUUAGCUCUGACCGACCAAGCUCGGCGUCUGCUGGAGCUGGCGCGGCCCGAGAGCAAGCUGAUUGGUGGAUCGAUCGUGCUCCUGCUUGGGUCAACGACGAUCUCGCUGGCGGUGCCGAAGGUGAUGGGCGGACUCAUCGACUCGGUCAUGCAGGGAACUGGAGCCUACACACCUUGGGAGGCGGCGGGCAUCCUCAUGGCUCUUUUCGGGGCCCAGAGCAUCAUGCUUACGGGAAGGUCGGGUCUGAUGACGGUGGCGGGCGAGCGGGUUGCCGCCAGGCUCAGAAAUCUCGCGUUCGGGUCCAUGGUCGUCCAAGAAACGGCGUUUUUCGACCGAAACAGGACCGGGGACCUGGUGAACCGGCUUGCCAGCGACGUCCUCCUGGUGCAGGGGAGCGUCACCACCAGCGCCGCGCAGGGCUUGCGUAACCUGCUGAUGGUCGUCGGGUGCACGGGGAUGCUCUGCAACCUCUCCCCCGAGCUCGCGAUGGUGUCGGUAGCGGUGUUCCCGCCCGUGGCAGGCGUCGGCGUGUGGUUCGGGCGGAGGAUGAAGAAGCAGCAGAAGAAGGUCCAGCAAGCGCUGGCGGGCAGUAGCGCCGUGGCCGAAGAGGUGUUGUCCAACAUCCGCACUGUCCGGCAGUUCAGCGCAGAGUUCCGAGAAAAGGGCAGAUACGCGGAAAAGGUCGGCAUCUCUUACGACAUGGCGAGGAGGGUAGGAGUCACGGACGCGUUUUUUGCCGGAAGCAUGCACUUCGGCGGGCACGCGUCCCUGUGUGCCGUCAUGGCCCUCGGUGGACAGCAGGUGGCCUCGGGAGCGCUGAGCAUCGGAGACAUGACGUCAUUCCUACUGUACUCCACCUUCCUGGCUGUUAAUUUCGGCGGCCUAACUGGCGUGUACUCUCAGAUCAUGCGCGCUCUAGGGGCGAGCGAGCGCGUCAUGGCCAUCAUCAACUCCGCGGAAGCACCGCCCGCCAUUGCAUCAAGCGACAACCAAGACCAAGAUAGCGCAACAAGAGAUAGCGCCGCCAACUUGGAGAUCGCUGGGGGGGCAGCGCUAGGGGAUACCGUGGCGGGCCACGUGGUUUUCAAGGAUGUCCACUUCAGCUACCCCACACGGCCCCAUGCUCCCGUGCUCGGAGGAAUGACGCUCGAGGUGGAAGCGGGGUCCUCCCUCGCGAUCGUGGGAGCCAGCGGGUGCGGGAAGUCCACGGUACUGCGGCUGCUGACGCGCCUGUACGACCCGCAGUCGGGAACGAUAGAGCUGGAUGGGGUACCGCUCCACAUGCUUGAGCCCCGAGGCCUGAGAGACAGGGUGGGUGUGGUGGAGCAGGAGCCGGUUUUGUUCGGGGGCAGCAUCGCUGACAACAUCCGCUACGGGAGACCGGAGGCUAGCCGACCGGAGGUGGAAGCUGCAGCUGCCGUAGCGAACGCUUCGGAUUUCGUUGAGGGUUUUCCUGAUGGAUACGAUACGCAGGUUGGGGAAGGAGGCGUCCAGAUGUCGGGGGGGCAGAAGCAGCGUAUCGCCAUUGCGAGGGCGGUGUUGAAAGACCCCGCCAUCAUGCUCCUAGACGAAGCUACCAGUGCCCUGGACAGCGAGAGCGAGCAUCUGGUGCAGGCGGCGCUGGAGCGGGUAACCGAGGGGCGGACGUCGCUGAUAGUGGCGCACCGACUCUCCACGGUGAGGAGCAUGGCCAACAAGAUCUGCGUGCUCAACAAGGGGGAGGUGGUCGAAAUUGGCAGCUACGACGAGCUGGCGAGCAAGCCGGAUGGGCACUUCCGACGGCUUGUGCAGUAUCAAAUGCUCGAAUAG